AUUUAAGAUGUCUAGUAAGCAGGUUGACCUGGGGUUCUUCAACGGGGACUACCCGCCCUGGGGCACGGAGAAGGAGUUCCAGGAGUUCGAACUGGAAAGCAGAUAUUUCCCCAGCAAGAUCGGAGGUAAACCUGCUUGGUUAGAUCUUGUCAACCUUCCAACUCCUGACCAACUUGAGUGUAAGCAAUGUGGAAUCCAAACCAAAUUCCUCCUUCAGAUUUAUUCACCGGACGAUAAGGUGCCUCAUGGAUUUCAUCGAACUCUUUAUGUGUUCAUCUGCGUUCAAAACUCAUGCUGGAAUAACAGAGAGAAUGGUAGCCCUGUUAUUGUACUGCGUAAUCAGCUGAGUCGAGAGAACCGGUUUUAUCCAGCAGACCCGCCGGAGGAGAAAACCGGUUGGAGAACUGAUAUUCAAGCUGAACAGUACGGUACCCUGUGUUCUGUGUGUGGGUGCCAUGGAACCAAGAUGUGUGGAAGAUGUAAAACUGUAAACUAUUGUUCACAAAUUCAUCAGAAGCUGGACUGGAGUAAGGGACACAAGAAGGAAUGCCAGGUUGGGUGCACUUAUAGUGGACCUCAUCAUAUAGAAGCAUUUAUUGAAGGACUAAUUGAAAUAGAAGAAGAACCAGAGAAGAAAGCAGAAAAUAUUUCCGACUUAAACUAUCCCGGGGUGGAGAUUGGAGAGAUGGUAGCUGAGGACAUUAGUGGCGCAGCAGAUGAAGAAUUUGAGGAGGUGGAGGCUGCACAGGCAGAAGAUAAGGCUAGUGAAAAAUUUAAUGAGCGGAUAAAAAGAGCUCCUCAUCAGAUAGUUAGAUAUGACAGGGAUGGAUCUCCUUUACUCUGUAGUUACUCUGGGUCUAACUUCACACCAGGACAGUGCUCAGCUUGUUCUUCAGAUCUUUCUUUUGAGUUCCAGAUAAUGCCUCAGGUUCUAAGUUUACUGAACCUAGGAUCAGAUUUAGAAGGAGGUCUUGACUUUGGGAGUAUCUAUAUUUACACUUGCUCAAGGAGCUGCAGUACAGAAGGAUAUGUCCUGGAACAAUCACACAUCCUUGAUUUUGUAAUAUUUGCACAGGAGCAGUACAGAAGGAUAUGUUCUGGAUCACAAAUCCUUGAUUUUGUAAUAUUUGCAGGAGCUGCAGUACAGAAGGUUAUGUCCUGGAUCACAAAUCCUUGAUUUUGUAAUAU